CACCACAAACCACGGCCCGAACUCCCGACGCCGUGCGAUCGAAGCGAAGCAGCCGGACGGAAGCCAACCCCCGAACCCAGACGAGCGGCGACGAGAUGGACGGCGGCGGCGGCAACGGCGGCGGUGAGGAUGGGAAGCAGGAGAAGCACCUGGUGCUGGCACACAAGCUCUUCCUGCUCUCCCACCCCGACGUCGACGACCUCUCCAAGGUCGCCCUCCGCUCCGAAGUCCUCUCCGCCGUCAAAUCCGAUGACAUGGCGCCGCUGUUCGAGUCGCUGUCCGCCGCGGGCGUGCUGGAGCCGGACGCCUCGCUGGUCGCCGAGAUGCGCGCGCGGAUCGACGAGGAGAUCCGCAAGCUAGAUGAGAAAAUUGCUGAUGCUGAAGAAAAUUUGGGUGAGAGUGAAGUGCGUGAAGCCCACCUUGCCAAGUCCUUGUACUUUGUUAGGGUUGGCGAGAAGGAAAAGGCGUUGGAACAACUUAAAAUUACUGAAGGAAAAACUGUAGCCAUUGGGCAAAAGAUGGAUCUUGUCUUCUACACUUUGCAAAUUGGCCUUUUCUACAUGGACUUUGAUCUCAUCUCAAAAUCCAUUGAUAAGGCAAAGAAGUUGUUUGAUGAGGGAGGAGACUGGGAGAGAAAGAACCGAUUGAAAGUGUACGAAGGCUUAUAUUGCAUGGCAACCAGAAACUUUAAGAAAGCUACCAGCCUGUUCCUAGACUCCAUCUCGACUUUCACAACUUAUGAGUUAUUUCCAUAUGAUACUUUCAUCUUCUAUACAGUCCUCACAAGUAUCAUCUCAUUGGAUCGUGUAUCUCUAAAACAAAAGGUCGUAGACGCACCAGAAAUCCUGGCAGUGAUUGGCAAAGUACCACAUCUCUCCGAGUUUCUCUACUCCCUGUACAAUUGCCAGUACAAGUCAUUUUUUGUUGCGUUCUCUGGCUUGACGGAACAGAUCAAGUUAGACCGUUAUCUUCAGCCUCAUUUCCGCUACUACAUGAGGGAAGUGCGCACUGUUGUCUAUUCACAAUUUUUGGAGUCAUACAAGAGUGUGACAAUGGAAGCUAUGGCUUCUGCAUUUGGUGUAACUGUUGAUUUCAUAGACCAGGAAUUGUCACGCUUCAUUGCAGCCGGGAAGCUUCACUGCAAGAUCGAUAAAGUCGCUGGUGUUUUGGAGACAAACCGGCCUGACGAGAGGAAUGCUUUCUACCAGUCGACCAUCAAACAGGGGGACUUCUUGCUGAACCGCAUCCAGAAGCUAUCACGAGUCAUUGAUUUGUAGAAGGUUUGUUAUGUUGGAGCUUGACAUUUCUCUCCCAGCUAGAUGCCCUGUUUUCAAAUUCUUGACCUACCUCUUGGAGCAUGUGAGCAGUACCUGCCUUUGUGCAGCUUGUGGAGGAAAGAAGUCUGUUUCGAACGUUAUUUUGGCAGAUCAGACUGACGGAUGUUGCUUCCAUAAUGAAUCUGUUUGUUCGUUUUGAGCCUUAUCGUCCGUGCUUUGGUUCUUGUAAGUUAUUCAUUUCGCAUAUUGGACAUAUGUAUAACACGCUCAUUGGCUCCUUGAUUUGUCGUC